GGCCCCGGCCUGCUCGCGGGCCCGAGUGCGGGGCGGGCGGGAGCGGGGACGGGUCUCACGGGCCGGGCCGGGUUCCCCUCCCCGCAGGUGCAGAGCCGCCCGACCAGCAUCGAGUGGGACGGCUGCGACCCGCAGAAGCUGUACACCCUGGUGCUGACCGACCCCGACGCGCCCAGCAGGAAGGACCCCAAGUUCAGGGAAUGGCAUCACUUUCUUGUGACCAACAUGAAAGGAAAUGACAUCAAAAGUGGGCAAGUCCUGUCUGACUAUGUUGGCUCUGGACCUCCCAAAGGAACAGGUCUUCACCGGUACGUGUGGCUGGUUUAUGAGCAGCCGCAGCAACUGACCUGUGAUGAGCCCAUCCUGUCUAACCGAUCUGGUGACCAUCGUGGAAAAUUCAAAGUAGCUUCAUUUCGCAACAAGUAUAAGCUGGGAGUUCCAGUGGCAGGCACAUGCUACCAGGCAGAGUGGGAUGACUACGUGCCCAAGCUCUAUGAGCAACUGUCUGGGAAGUAGAGGCAGUGGCUUCACCCCCACCCCGCUCGGUACCCCUCCUUCCCAAACUUUUUAUCCCUUAGAAUAGGUGUCUAGAGGGGUAUGUACUAUCCCUUUAGGGAGAUGAGUUUUGCCCACAAAAAGUCUCAGUAGCUUAGUAUUUAACUAGAGCAACUUCUUCUACCUGUCCCAGCUGCCCUUGUGAGAUCUGUUUUGCUUUCUUUCCUUGCUCUACACACAGAGAGUGGAAUCAGAGCUUUGUAACAUCUGUAUGCCCCACCCCUGCCCUGCAUGAACUCGGGCACCUAAAUGCCUUUUAAAGAGCUGGACCCAAAUUCCACAGACUGCUGUUGUGUUACGUGUCUUUAGCUCUUUAAAAACCGGGACCUUAUUGGCUUGCAGCAAGGGAUCUCUAUUUAGACUGAUUUUAAAAAGGUAAAGGAGAAAUUCUAGACCCUGUGUGGAUACACUUUUGCUCACUGUUGCCCAGGGGUGCUAGUACACCAACACAGAUUGGCUAAGUGAAAAGCUUAGAACUGCUGAUGCCUUGUGAAUAGCCUAUAGCUCAGAAGCCCAGUGAGAAGGAAACUGUCUUUUCUUAUCCCUUGACAAAGAUAAUCUGAGAUUUUUGGUAAGAGCUCAUCUGAACUUGCAUCCUACUACAUUCAUGAUCCAAUACCUAAUUUCAUAAAAUGAUAUUUGACUUGGCAAAUAGCAGAAAAGCAAAAAUUCAAUCCCUUUCUGUGUCAACAUAUUACCUACAAUACCAGGAGAAAGUGAUGUUUAGUAGCUAGCAAAAAGUUCUACAUUAACCUGUUGACAGUGAAAGAGCAAUUACUUUAGUAAAGUUGGUAUCAUUGCGCUUGAUCCUUUAAGGAGGUUGUUCCUGUGUUUCAUAAGCAGUAUUAAUUUGACCCUAUUAUCUGGUUUGAUCUCCCUACACUGAGCACAAGGGGACAAAACUAAUAUGGGAAGGUUGCUUUAAACAUGACUUCCUGUUGCUGGCUUUUCUGGUGGGUUACAAACUCUACUUUUGUCCUGUGCAAGCUGUAUUGUGACGCAAUGUUAAUUUUGUUGCUUUUUGCUUAGAGUUCAAUUAAAAAGAACUUAAAGACG